AUGAGCCGACAGCUGAAUGCCAGGGCUUUGGGCAGAGGGAGGGGGUUUAGUGCUGGCUCUGCAAUUGUUUUUGGAGGGGGCAGGAGCCAUGUGUCCUCUCCGAGCCGAAGGAACAUGGAAGGAGCAAGUGGAAGCUGUGGCUUUUACAGCAGAAGCCUCUACAACCUUGGGGGGACUAAGCGCAUUUCCCAGAGUGUGGUUCCUGGAGGUGCCCACCGUGGAAGUGGAUUUGGUAGCAAUGCAGGAUUUUGUUUUGGCGGAUUUUCUGGUUGUGGAUGGGCCAAUGGCAACUUUGGCAAUGGAAGAAAUGGCCCUGGCUUUCUUUCCUAUCCACCUGGUAGCAUCCAGGAAGUCAUCAUUAACCAGAGCCUCCUGGCACCACUUAACCUGGAGAUUGAUCCAGAGAUCCAGAAAGUGCGCAAAAAAGAAAGGGAGCAGAUCAAGAACCUCAAUGACAAAUUUGCUUCCUUUAUUGACAAGGUUCGAUUCUUGGAGCAGAAGAAUAAAGUCCUAGAGACUAAAUGGAACCUCUUGCAGCAGCAGCCCAUUCUCCAUGCAAAGAACAACGCGGUUUCCCUCUUUGAAGCCUUCAUCAUCAGCCUGAGAAAGCACCUAGACUCCCUGAAGGGUGAAAGAGGGAGGCUGGGCUCAGAACUGAAGAACAUGCAGGAUCUAGUGGAAGACUUUAAGCACAGGUAUGAAGAAGAAAUCAACAAGCGCACAACUGCUGAGAAUGAAUUUGUACUGCUGAAAAAGGAUGUGGAUGCUGCCUACAUGAACAAGGUGGAGCUGGAGGCCAGGGUCGCUUCUCUGACUGAGGAACUCAACUUCCUGAGAUGCUUGUAUGAGGCGGAACUGGCACAGAUGCAAGGACAGCUCAGUGACACCAGCAUCAUUCUCUCGAUGGACAAUAAUCGGGACCUGGACUUAGAUAGUAUCAUUGCUGAAGUCAAAGCUCAGUAUGAGGAUAUGGCAAACAGGAGCCGAGCAGAAGCGGAUGCCAUGUACCAAAGCAAGUUUCAGGAACUUCAGCUCACAGCUGGGAAACAUGAAGAUGUUUUGAAAAACUCCAAGGUGGAGAUCUCUGAUCUGAAUCGACUCAUCCACAGACUGAGAGCAGAAAGUGAGAAUGUGAAGAAACAGUGUGUCCAUUUUCAGUCAUCUAUUGCUGAGGCUGAAGAACGUGGAGAGAUAGCCCUCAAAGAUGCAAGGGAGAAGCUGAUGGAACUAGAGAAUGCCAUGCUGAGAGCUAAGGAGGAGUUGGGCCACCUUUUGCGUGAUUACCAGGAACUUUUGAACAUUAAGCUAGCACUGGAUAUUGAAAUUGCCACCUAUAGGACCCUCCUGGAAGGAGAGGAAUGCAGGAUGUCUGGAGAAUAUGGUAGCACUGUAAACAUAUCUGUCCUUAGCAACAGCAGCCUGCUGGGAGGAAGUGGACUGAGCCGCAGAGGAAGGCUCAGCGUUGGAGGUGGUUCGAAUUCUGGAAGUGGCAGGGGCAUUAUGGGAUAUGGCUCUGGUGGCGGAGGAAGUUCUGGCUUGAAAAUUAUAUCGACAACCUCUACAAGCAAAAGGACAACCGUAUGAUGAGCCAUCAUCAUCAGGUCCUGAAGGACUAAAUUGAUCACUUACAAAUCCUAGAAGCUGUCAACACUAAACAUCUGCUGUGAAGAAACUCACCCAUUGUGUGCAACAACUCUGUUUUUAAUGGCUUUAGAGCAUGGGUGGGAAAUCUGCACAGAGAACCGGAAUUCCUAGUGCUCCCUUGAGAAAGGGAAUGGCAGUUUAAUUGGUGGAAGUCUAUAGUGUGCUGGGCUGUUGAUGUGCUGUCAAUUUAAUCUUAUUCCAUACAGUAGUUGUGUGAUGCCAGCAGUGGCUUGUGACACAACAACUCAGCAUGGCAUCCCAUCCCAUUUUCUCCCACCUCUAUUCAAACAGUUUGAUCUCGCAAGUUGAUCUUAAGUGGCCACCAUUAUAGGCCUUUAGGGCUGUGUACACACCACAUAUUCCAAACACAUUGAAAGCACAUCCCCUCUGAAGUCUGGGAACUGUAGUUUACCCUGCACAGAUCUACAGUUCCCAGCAGCCUUAACAAACUACAGUUCCCAAGAUUCUUGGGGGGGGUAUGUACUUUCAACGUGCUUUACAUGUAUGGUGUGUCCGCAACCCCAGCGUUGUUUGGGAGCAUGGGAGGAUUCACUGUCUAUUCAGCCCUCUCCUUGCCCUCACUGUCCCUACCAAGGUCCUCCUAUGAUGUGAAGGAUCAGAUUUCCCCCUCAGUGUGGAAACAACAAUAUUGAGCUGUCCUGUUACUCAUGGGCUUGUGUAGCACAGUCACAGUAUCAGAAAAUGAUAGAGGCCUGUCAAUGCUCCACAAUGCUGUCUAGCUUGGAACAGAGUCAGGGUGUUGGUUUGUGAACAUAUUCUGUCUCCGAGUUUGGGGGAAGAACUGAUGCAACAACCCCAGCUCAAACCAGAGAGUCACCGGAGAACAGGAAGGAGGCGAGAAUGCACUGUCCUGAAAUGGCCAACGAGAGAGCACCCGCAAUGGGAUCCCAUCCCUCGCUGACUGUGAGCAGAACAUUAAGUGAACUCAGCAGUGAGAAAAGAACAUAGAGCCCAUGCAGCAACCCGAGUUGCCCGAUGCUGCCUACUGUAAGGGUGGAAUGCGCCUGCUGAUCCCACCAAAAGGACACAGGAGCCCUAUUCACACAUUACACAUGUGUUUGGGUGUUCACAUAAUGAAGCAGGAAUGCUCAGUGGGGUGAUGUCAGGGGUGCGGCUAGCCCAGGCAUGUGAUAUCAGGGACAGCAGGGCAGCCCUGCUUCUGCUUCAACACAGGAGUGCCCUACCCAUCUGUAAUAUGUGAAUAGGGCUACUCAGAAGGUGGAUGGUUAGAGUUCAGGGUGGGACUUGAGCCUCAUUGGGAUAAGGUGCUGUAGAAGUCAAAGGCCCCUGAUAUAAGGGCUUUGCCACUGGGCACUUCUCGCCAUCACAAAUAUAUUGUGGAAGGACGUCUUUGGGCUCAUGGCCAA